UCUAAUUCCUUUGUAAUUCUUGAUUGGGAAACCCUUUUUUCAACAUUAAUCUAUCCUUUCAAGCAGAGACAGGCAGGUCAGGAAGGAGUUAGCCAGACGGGACGGUGGGGGUGUGGUUUACUGAGGAAUGUUCCAAGCUUAGGUGAGGCAACGGCACGUGUUAAAUCUUCUGGAGUCCAAGAGAAAAAAAAAAGAAAAGAUGAGAAGUUCUCAGUGGGGCAGGCCUGCCUACCUGGGGGUUCGGGAACGAACUGGGGGAUAGGCAGGGGUUUCACAUGAAACCAGGAGGUCUAGAAAGCACAGAACUGCUCUCAAGGAAGAACUUGCCCCCUCCCCCAAAGCCAUGAGUGCCCCUGCAGAGCGAGGCAAAGAGCAACUAAAAGAAAUUUCUCCUGAUUGGAGGGUGGGUGGGAUGAGGCUAGGGGAGGGGGCUGGGGUGUGUGUCCCACUGUCAUGUAAAUAUCCCUUCAAGGCAGGGCGGCUCCAGGCAGAUUUAAACCGCUGGCACCUAGGGCUGUGUCAGUGUUCUGCCUGCUUCCGGACGAGCAAGAAGACUUGUGCUCCGGUUCUCGGACUUCCCCAGCAGCAUGGCCCCCAAACGCCAGUCUCCACUCCCGCCUCAAAAGAAGAAACUAAGACCACCUCCUGCUCAGGGACUGGAUGAGACAUCGGCCUCUGCAGGCUUGCCGAAGAAGGGAGAAAAAGAACAGCAAGAAGCAAUUGAACACAUUGAUGAAGUACAAAAUGAAAUAGACAGACUUAAUGAACAAGCCAGUGAGGAGAUUUUGAAAGUAGAACAGAAAUAUAACAAACUCCGCCAACCAUUUUUUCAGAAGAGGUCAGAAUUGAUCGCCAAAAUCCCAAAUUUUUGGGUAACAACAUUUGUCAACCAUCCACAAGUGUCUGCACUGCUUGGGGAGGAGGACGAAGAGGCACUGCAUUAUUUGACCAGAGUUGAAGUGACAGAAUUUGAAGAUAUUAAAUCAGGUUACAGAAUAGAUUUUUAUUUUGAUGAAAAUCCUUACUUUGAAAAUAAAGUUCUCUCCAAAGAAUUUCAUCUGAAUGAGAGUGGUGAUCCAUCUUCAAAGUCCACUGAAAUUAAAUGGAAAUCUGGAAAGGAUUUGACGAAACGUUCAAGUCAAACGCAGAAUAAAGCCAGCAGGAAGAGGCAGCAUGAGGAACCAGAGAGCUUCUUUACCUGGUUUACUGACCAUUCUGAUGCAGGUGCUGAUGAAUUAGGAGAGGUCAUCAAAGAUGAUAUUUGGCCAAACCCAUUACAAUACUACUUGGUUCCUGAUAUGGAUGAUGAAGAAGGAGAAGGAGAAGAAGAUGAUGAUGAUGAUGAAGAGGAGGAAGGAUUAGAAGACAUUGAUGAAGAAGGGGAUGAGGAUGAAGGUGAAGAAGAUGAAGAUGAUGAUGAAGGGGAGGAAGGAGAGGAGGAUGAAGGAGAAGAUGACUAAUAGAACACUGAUGGAUUCCAACCUUCCUUUUUUUAAAUUUUCUCCAGUCCCUGGGAGCAAGUUGCAGUCUUUUUUUUUUUUUUUUUUUUUUCCUUCCCGCUUGUGGGCAGUCACCCUGUUUUUGAGGUCUCUUUUCUCUACACCAUGGUUCUCAACUUAUUUUGGGGGGAAAUAUCUUGAGCAGGAUACAAUGGGAAAAGAGUCUCUACCCCUUUCUGUUUGAAAUUCAUUUUUAUCCCUUCCUGUCUUAACAAAAACUGUAUGGAAUCAAUACCACCGAGCUCUGUGGGAAAAAAGAAAAACCUGCUCCCUUCGCUCUGCUGGAAGCUGGAGGGUGCUAGGCCCCUGUGUAGUAGUGCAUAGAAUUCUAGCUUUUUUCCUCCUUUCUCUGUAUAUUGGGCUCAGAGAGUACACUGUGUCUCUAUGUGAAUAUGGACAGUUAGCAUUUACCAACAUGUAUCUGUCUACUUUCUCUUGUUUAAAAAAAAGAAAAAAAAAACUUAAAAAAAUGGGGUUAUAGAAGGUCAGCAAAGGGUGGGUUUGAGAUGUUUGGGUGGGGUAAGUGGGCAUUUUGACAACAUGGCUUCUCCUUUGGCAUGUUUAAUUGUGACAUUUGACAGACAUCCUUGCAGUUUAAGAUGACACUUUUAAAAUAAAUUCUCUCCUAAUGAUGACUUGAGCCCUGCCACUCAAUGGGAGAAUCAGCAGAACCUGUAGGAUCUUAUUUGGAAUUGACAUUCUCUAUUGUAAUUUUGUUUCUGUUUAUUUUUAAAUUUUCUUUUUGUUUCACUGGAAAGGAAAGAUGAUGCUCAGUUUUAAACGUUAAAAGUGUACAAGUUGCUUUGUUACAAUAAAACUAAAUGUGUACACAAAGGAUUUGAUGCUCUUCUCUCAGCACAGGUCUGCUCACUAUGACCUUCCAAGUUUGACUUGUACAACAUCACUGUCAAACUUUGUCACCCUAACUUCGUAUUUUUUGAUACGCACUUUGCAGGAUGACCUCAGGGCUAUGUGGAUUGAGUAACGGGAUCUGAAUUAAUGUAUUGAUACCGCCAUAGCUGGGAAAGUGGGUACAAUUUGCCAUUGGUUUCUGAAAGUACUCACAUCAUUUGGGAUACCAGAUUGCUCAAUACUUUGAGUAUAUUGUGCCCUUGAUUUAUAUCUCCAAGUGGCAGUUUUUAAAAUUGGCCAUUUACCUGGAUAUAAAAUAAUAGUACCUGCCACCACCAUCCAACAGACCUGGUGCUCUCAUGCCAAGUUAUAUGUGUGUGGGACAGUUACUGGCAUGUCUUCAUUGGCUAUAUAAAAUGUGGCCAAGGAGAUAGGCUCUCAGAGUAGGAGUCUGCGAUGGUUGGCGGUAACUGUCCCAGCUCUCUGGUAUAAAGUUCUCAAAUGUGAUUAUGUGAAUCUGGGUGGAAUAAUGGACUCAGCUCUGUCUGCUCAAUGCCAUUGUGCAGAGAAGCACCCUAAUGCAUAAGCUUUUUAAUGCUGUAAAAUAUAGUAGCUGAAAUUAAAUGCCACUUUUUCAGAGGUGAAUUAAUGGACAGUCUGGUGAAAUUCAAAAGCUUUUUGAUGUAUAAAACUUGAUAAAUGGAACUAUUCCAUCAAUAGGCAAAAGUGUAACAACCUGUCUAGAUGGAUAGUAUGUAAUUUCCGCACAGGUCUCUGUUUAGUAAAUACUUCACUGUAUACCGAUCAGGAAUCUUGCUCCAAUAAAGGAACAUAAAGAUUUUUUUUGGA